AUGAGCGAGGACAAGCCUGCUGAGAGUGCGGAGACAGCCCCCUCUGAAACAAACGCUCUUCCCAAUGGGAAAGGUCACGAUGCGGUCGAUGAGACGACUGCAUCAUCCAAAACAUCACCUGUGGAUGUCUACAAUACUUGUAGAGAAACGGCACCCAACAGUGGCCAGAAUGUUAGUCCCAACAGGACUGAAAAUGCAGAGGCCAACCAGCCAGAAGGAAACGAGUUCAUAUCAGGCGCCGAGAGCAAAACAACGCGAUUUACUGAUUUUGAGGGAAAAACAUCAUUUGGAAUGUCCGUCUUCAACUUGGGCAAUGCAAUAAUGGGAAGUGGAAUCCUCGGACUGGCGUAUGCGAUGGCCAACACAGGAGUCGUUCUCUUUUUGGUUCUCCUAACAGUGGUGGCCGCCCUUUCAUCGUAUUCUAUUCAUUUGCUGCUCAAGUCGUCUGGUAUUGUUGGUAUCCGUGCUUAUGAGCAGCUUGGCUUCAGGGCUUUUGGCACCCCAGGGAAGAUGGCAGCAGGUAUCGCCAUCACAUUGCAAAACAUUGGAGCGAUGUCCAGUUAUCUGUAUAUAGUCAAGUAUGAAUUUCCGCUGGUCAUUCAAGCCUUCCUUAAGGUGGAUAAGCCUGCAGGAGAAUGGUACUUGAACGGCAACUACCUUGUGAUCAUUGUGUCCAUCGCUGUGAUCUUGCCACUGGCACUCAUGAAGCAACUUGGGUAUUUGGGAUAUACAAGUGGCUUUUCCUUGAGCUGCAUGGUGUUUUUCCUCAUAGCGGUUAUCUACAAGAAGUUCAAUGUACCCUGUCCAUUCGUGGACUUUGCCAUCAAUGGCACUGCCGGUGGCCUCCUUAACAUCACUGAUCCCGGUGGAGAGGGUGACCCUUCCUGCGCGCCAAAAAUGGCCAACCUCAACUCCCAAACUGCCUACACCAUCCCCAUCCUGGCCUUUGCCUUUGUGUGCCACCCUGAGGUGCUGCCCAUCUACACAGAGCUACGCAACCCCACCAAGAAAAAGAUGCAGCAUGUGGCCAACAUGUCCAUCGCAGUCAUGUACGUCAUGUAUUUCCUGGCUGCUCUUUUUGGAUACUUGACCUUCUAUGGCGAGGUGGAGGCCGAACUGCUUCACACCUACAGUCGCAUUGAUCCAUACGACACGCUGAUUUUGUGUGUGCGAGUUGCCGUGCUUACUGCCGUCACACUCACUGUGCCCAUCGUGCUCUUUCCCGUGCGAAGGGCCAUCCAACAGAUGAUGUUCCCAAACAAGACCUUCAACUGGCCACGCCACAUUGCCAUUGCCUUCACUCUUCUCACGUUCAUUAACUUGCUGGUCAUUUUUGCCCCGAACAUCUUGGGCAUUUUCGGGAUUAUAGGUGCCACAUCCGCCCCUUGUUUGAUCUUCAUCUUCCCUGCUGUCUUCUACAUUCGUAUUGUACCCAAAGAAGAGGAGCCACUGCGCUCAACCCCCAAAAUCCUGGCGGCCUGCUUUGCUGGGCUCGGCUUCCUGUUUAUGAUAAUGAGUCUGAGCUUUAUCAUUAUUGACUGGACUUCAGGCAGCAGCAAAGCCAGUACUGGCCACUAA